AUGUGUGAAACUAGAGCUUUAACCUUAUUAGUACUUACUUUUAUAAUAAACAGUGCCGACGCUAAGUAUAUAGAGGGUGUUUUGGAAACGAGAGACAAUUGGGCCUUUCUUGCGAGAUUCUGCUUUCUCUCCGAGGAGGGACAGUUCGAAUACGAUAUAGAGUACAACGAAGACCAGGGAGAUCCCAAUUUGUUGCUGUACUACGACACGAACGACCAAUGGCCUGCGGUAUACAAGUCGAACAAGACGUGUGAAGAGAAAGAAGACGUUCUGAACAUUAUGCAGAAUCAAAUAGUAAACCUCACAGCUCGGUUAUAUUCGUACAGGGACAUAGCAGGAUGUAGUUUUUCGGAUAGUUAUAGAACGACACCCAUACCUAAAUAUACAUUGAAAGUGCCAACUUUACGUCCUAACAAGACUACCACGAAAAAAGGAACAAUACAGGUAAAAACGAUGGCAACUGCUACUUCUACCACCGACUCUGAUAUCGCUACGACUUUAUUAACGUCGCAGGAGACGAUAAGUACAACAGAAUACUCAACUUCUUUGUUUACGACAACUCCUUACUUUGACGUAACUUUUCCUACUGAUUUCACUUCUGAAACAUAUUUAAGUGAAAAUUUAUUAGACGAUAAUAUUUUCACCACGGGGGAAACGGAGUACGAGACGACUGCUGAAGAAGUUUAUUCUACGGUGCGUAUUACGGGUGCGACUCCCAAAACGACGGAUUAUAAAAAGCCUCCAAUAAAGAAAAGGUCCGUACCAAUCAACAAUCAUCAGUCGCAAAGGUACCAGACUAGCGGUAGGACGGUUUCCUGUCAUAACGCUAGACGGUUUAGGAGUUCCAGAGAGAGGUGGUGGUUUGUAGCCGUCAGUAAUUGUAAUAGUACCAAGGGAAUCAACAUAAAAUAUAGAUUACUGAUGACCAAUGGCCCCCCUGGAGAUUACUGGCAUGAACAUUUCUCAGCUGACGAGUUUUAUAUUUUGCCGGUGCUGAUGGCCUUCUCCAUAGCCUACUCGUUUCUAAUGUUAGGAAUCGUGAUGUGCUCGAUAGAGCUCAAAUCCAGACAGCUGUUGCACACCACCUACAAGAUUUUCGUGUUGUCCGUGGUGCUACAGUUCUUUGGAAUAAUGUUCGAGAGCGUGUGCUAUUUGCGAUACGCCGUCACCGGAAUACCAGCCCAACAAGUAAAGCGAUUGGGGAUGGUCCUGAUGAGCGCCUCGGAAGCUUGCUUUCUGUUGCUCUUACUGCUACUAGCGAAGGGGUUCACGAUAACUAGAGGACGGCUCCCUCUGGCGGCCAGCGUCAAGCUGACAAUCUUCAUGUGCAUAUACGUCGUCACGUAUAUAACCAUUUUCAUUUACGAAGCAAAGGUGUUCGACCCCGGAGAAGUCCUGUACCUCUACGAAUCCCCAGCGGGGUACGGUUUGAUCAUGCUGCGCGUCUUCGCGUGGUUCAUGUUCAUUUACUCCACUAUAUUCACCCUGAAACACUACCCGGAAAAGGGCAACUUUUACUACCCCUUCAACAUUUUCGGGACGGUGUGGUGCAUCGCGGGCCCGGCGUUCAUCCUCUCCGCCAACACCUACAUCGACAAGUGGGUGAGGGAGUCGGUGGUGUGCGCCGUGCUCCUCUUUAUAUCCUUCGGGGGUCACUUGAUGUUCCUCAUCUUAACGAUGCCCUCGGUGGCCAACAAGAACUUCCCCUAUCACGUCAGGACCACGCAGAUAGGCAUCAUGGAGGCGACGGGGAACGCCGGUACGAGUACCAUCGAACAGUUCAGUCACCACGUCUACGAACCGUCGACGAGUUUGAGGGAGCAGACCGUCAUCAUUCCGCUGACGAGGAGGACGGAAGAAAUUUUCGAAGGGAUGUACAACCAACGAGCUUUUGCGAGGAACAACGUACAAAACGAUCACGUAAACGAAGAACAAGAGAUCGCUAGGGACGUCGCUAUACAGAACGUGUUGAAUUGGUCUUUGGCCAAGGAUCCCGAAGCCUUGGAAAUUCCCAAUUUCGACAGGUUCCACCAUAGGAGUUCCACGGCCUCGGCCAACUCUAGAUUAACGAACGGCAGUGACUCGAAUGCGUUAAGCAGAGAGUCGUCGUUUACGAGAACCCAGGGCAAAGUCGUCCAGAACGGUUUCGACGAUUACGUGAAAGACGUCCCCGUCGAAUUGUUCACCAUUAGCAGAAUGGUGGUGGCGACUAGUUCGAGUAAAAGCGGUGUUCACGAAGAACAUCCCGAUUAGUGGUUUGUCAAUGGUGUUACCAACAACGCCUCUGUUCGUUUCUUUGUGUGAUAUUCGAAAAUAUUAGUUGAAAGAAAGUACAAUAGUUACCCCUAGUUUUUUAUAAAGGGGAAUUUAUUUUGGUUACUUUACUAGUCUCUGAGUUAAUGAGAUAAGUAGACGGGGGUAAAUAUUGCUGAAAUGUAUUUUUUUUAUUUCAAUUUGAAAUCAGGUGAUUACGUUUUAAUUGUAUUUGAAGUGAAGGAAAUCAAGGUAGUCAUAGGCCAUGCAAUCAAUAGAGGUUUUGUUUGUGACAAAAAGAAAUAAU